UGAUUUUGAACAAUUCUCGGCGUAAUAUUAAUGUUUUUUUGACAUGUAUGAAUUGUGUUUUCUCGGGUGGAAUAUCGAUGUUUCUGUCGUCACUUUCAAAAUAGAACUUGUAGAGAAAAGUUUGAAAUAUUGUUGAUCUAUUACUUAAUUAUUGACGAUGCCUGGAAAUAAACGUAAAUCAGAGAGUGGGACAUUGUUAAAUAUGAACUAUUUCAAGCAAUAGCCAUUUCAAGAAGCUCCGGAAGGAGAACAAUGUUAGUGAUUCGGUAAUAGAGGAGAUAGUGCGAUGUGAAAAGCGAGACAAAUCUGUGAAUGACAUUCUUCCUGGACCAGGUACACCUGGGAAAACGGUCACAAAUUCAGAAUCCCACCCAGCCACGCUGGAUGGCCAAAGGAAAUCAGGCAUUGAUCCAAAAUGGAAACAAGCGUUUCCCUGGAUGACAGUCUCAGAGAAUGGCCAAGGUAUGUUGUGUUCAGUAUGUGUAAAGCACCAGAGAAGGCCAAAGAAGUGUGUUCCUGGUAGAGCUGUGUGGGUUGACAUUCCAUGUACCUCAAUAAGGCGAUCAUCUUUAGUAUUUCAUAAGGACUCAGACUCGCACAAGAAAACAUUGGUAUUUGACGUUGCGGAAGCAAAAACAGGUGGUGGGAUCGAGGCUUGUUUUGUGAGGGAAGAACAUGUGAACCGUGAGGCAGUGACAGCAUCUAUGACACUGCUUUACUUUCCGUGUAAGGAGGAAAUAGCCCACACCACCAAACACAAACAUUUAGUUGAUGUAGCUAAGACAUUAGGAGUGGAUGUUCUAAAUAGUUUGGAGAAGGGGGAUAACGCCAAGUACACAAAAUUGAUAAGUUUACGUUGUCAUUCAGCAAAUAAAUUCCACAGGAAUAGAAGACUGGAACUUUAA